AUGCUCGCACCGCCGCCGCCGACGAUGGAUUUGCUCAAGACACCAAAAGUCGUAUCGCCCAUGGCUGUGGCCGACGAGAACGUCAACCAAGGCGCGUGGUCCAAGGAGGAGCACGAGCGGUUUUUGAUCGCGGUCCAGCUCUACCCCGAAGGCCCGUGGAAGGCGGUCGCCGAGAUCAUCCAGACGCGCAACGCCAAGCAAGCGCAGACCCACAUGCAGAAAUGCAAGGAGAAGCUCCAGCGCCGCUUCAAGCGCACCUCGAGCGCCGACUCGGACGACAUUGAGCCGUAUGUGAUCCACCGCUCCAAGCACUCGCAGAAUCUGCGCAUCCCCGAGCUGCAGCCCAUCCCGUUCGACCACCGCCUCGCGAUGCCCGGGAGCUUGCUCAGCGACAGCUCCAUCUCGAUUGACGCCGCCCUCGAUUUUUUCCUGCAAGACAUGGCGCCGUCGCCGUGA